GAUUCACAGCUCGUGCUGCCACUGCUUCUGCUGCUUCUCGUUUUCCAAUCUUCGAACGCUACUUCGGUUAACAAUAUGGCGGCGCUCAUACGGCAUGCUUGGCAAGCGAGUUCUUCCAAAUAUUCCACACUGCUGAGGAGCGCACUAACGGGUGGCACUACUGAUGCUCGCCGUGAUUUCGCCGCGGUGAAAAAAUUUGGCAAGAAGAAAAAAAAUGAGAAAGAAAGCAGAUUCCGAAAAACGAUUAACCUUGCGACACUGCAGGCCGAACGAGAGUCACUCGCCACCAGAGGUUACUUGCGGCCGCAAAAAUCUUACUCACCGGCUACUGACGUCAUGGAACGUCUGGACAAAGUUUGCCAUGACGAAGGUUUGAAAAUUGUAAAUGAAACGCGUCUGGACGAACCAAUCGUACGUUACAAAUUGUUCACAGCGUGCGGAAAAGAAUUCAGUCAUGCGAUUCCGAAUUCUCUGUUACACACCGUGGAGACUAUUGCUGACCUGCGCAAGUUUUAUCUAACCCCUGUAAAUGCCACGGUACCCUUGGACGCUAUGCGGGACCAAAAUUUACCUGAGAAUCUACAUAUUCAGUACGAGUAUCAUCGGUUUAUUCCUGAAACGGAUACCAUGUUCGGAGGGAAGACCGCUUUUCCGAAGAGCUCUACUCUUGUAACAGGUCUGAAAUACAAGAAGAAGUACCCAGGUCAUACGGCCAAAACUUCUUGGCCCUGAUUUCCACUUCCCGAGCCUGGUUAAUGUGCAAAUUUAAAAAAAAAAAGAAAAAUAUUCCAUAUAGUAGUCAUGUAUAUUGAAUUGUAUGAUUUCAAUCACCGUUAAAUAUAAUCGGAGAUAAAAACUG